AUGGAGGAAAUCGUUUACUUAUGCGAUUUGAGCUUUUACUCGUCGUCUGUGGCAGGAGAUUCGCUAAUUGCCUCGGACAAGAUGGGGGGAGUACACAUAAUAGCUCCGGAAAUAAGCACAGUGAAUAUAGAUCAUUUCAAGAAGGAUGUUAACUUCUAUCCUGUUGAUGAUUUAUGCUUCACCACCACAGACAUGUUCAAGGGAAUACGGGUGUGGGAUAGAUGCCGGGGAGACAUAGUGUAUUCAUAUAAAGAAGAUAGCAUCAAGAUGCAUACAUACAGCAGGACGGGAUGUUUAGCAGCUGUUGGAGAAGGAUGUGUGAAACUUUAUGAUCUCCGUGUCAGGUACAAUAUUGAUGCAGUGCCUCUAAAGAUGUGCAAGAAAGCAGAAUGGGGAAAUGACAGGAUUUAUUGCAUCAACGACGAGUGUGUGGUUGAAUAUGAUACUCGGAACAUGAGUAGCAUGGUAUGCGGAGAGAAGAAUGAGGCCUAUCUGAAGAAAAAGAAUAUUGAGGGAAUUCUCGACCUUAUCAGUAUUAGUAAGGGGGAGUUUUGUACGGUGAAAAGAGAUGGGGUCCCAUAUCUCAUGAGAUUGUCUGGGGUAGAUGUGAUGGAAGGGACAAGAAGAGCAUCGAUUGGAUGGAAGAUGAUAAAGGUUAAGGAUACGUCUGAUGAUUUUGUGAUUGGAAUGGUAAGCGAAAACACUGUAGGAUUCUACGGGUAUAAGGACACGUGGACUCAUGAAUUUGAUGGGAUUAGUCAUGUGGACUGGAUGUGCUUUUCCAAAAGGAAAAUCUAUAUGUUUGCAGAUAAAAAGAUUUAUCUCAUAGAGAGAGAGUACGAAGGGUUGAAGGAGCUUAUGAAGGAAGGGCCUGGGUCCUUGGAAGAAUGA